AUGCUGCUCUUUUCUCUGAUAUUCUCCUUUCUCUUGUUAUGCCAGUGUUCAAGACAUGCCUUCCCAAAUACCAAAUGCUUUUCGCAGUCAUUUGAUAAGGCCGUGCAGAGUGGGUCCUUUAAGACGCCCGGAUUUCCGCAACGAUAUCAGCCGAACUGGGAGUGCGCCUUCGAAAUCCAGCCGUCAGAGAACCAGGCGGUGGCGCUGACUAUUGAGUACUUCUCGACUGAAGAAUACCACGACUAUGUGACGAUUUAUCAACUGGUCCGAGUUGAUGGGCAACCCAAGGCAAUCAAGCAUGCAGUGUAAGAAAUUCUUAAAAAAUGAUGCAGCAAAUUGUCAUUCUUUAGCCUCUCCGGCACCGAAAUCGCACAAACCAACUUCUAUUCCCAGGAAGGAGGUGGCUUCCGGAUCGUCUUUAAGUCCGACUUUUCCGAAUCUGACUUUGCCGGAUUUUUGAUGUCAUUCAAUCGGUUCGAUGUCAAACUCAGCCCCCGGAAUUGCCCAGAAAUUGUUUUAACGGCGACUGAAAAGACCCAAGUCGCGUCAAAUCCCGCUAAUGUCAGCCAUGAACUCAAUUGCGUACUGCAAAUCAACUCAACUGAAUCUGUUGAGAUCAACGUCGCCAGACUGAACACCUUUGGAUUGUUGGAAGUCUAUGAGACGGAGAACCUACGAGAAGAAUUGAGGAGGCAGACCAAAGUCUUGGCGAGGUAAAGGCUUGAUUUUUGGGUUCAUAGCUACUUUUGAACUGUCUGCAAGACGAAGGACUUACAGUGAGGGACCUGAUCCAGUGGCAAAAAACGUACCAUUUCGCAUCCGGGAAGUAUCAGAAAUGUGGCAAAAUGCUUCCCUCUUCAAGCGAAAAAACUCCGAGCUCAAAAGCGCGCCCGCCCUUUUUAUGAGGGAAAGGUUUUUUCACUUCAAACCGAAGUUUUUUCACUUGGAGAGGGAAGCAUUUUGCCACAUUUUUGAUGCUUCCCGGAUUCAAAAUUAUAUGUUUUUUUGCCACUGGAUCGGGUCCAUCACUGUAUGUUUAUGGCCUGAAAUCGUGAUUUCAGAAUCAAUGGAAUCGAUCAAACACAAUUCCCGGUCACGGUUAUUAGCAGAUCCAAGUCGAUGACGAUUAUUAUGAAGAAAGUGCGAGAAUAUGAAAUCGACUAUCAAAAAAUAAUGAGCCGUAAGAACGCUUCUCUAUCUUGAAGAUGUAGAUACCUCAGAGACGAUAUUUUUUCAGCGUGCCAUUAUGAAUCCAAGACGUACAACAUUACGACAUCUCCCGUCGAAUUUGUAUCUCCUGGCUGGCCAGUUGAAUAUUGCGAUGCGACAAAUUACUCAUCAAAUUUUGUCGCAAACUUCAAAGACUUGAAGAAAAAUGAGAUCACUGCCAUUAAAUUCAAUCUUCAUGAAGUCGAACUGGAGCCGAGUCAUGACAGUCUUAUCUUCUAUGAAGAUGAUAUAAUGCUAAAAAAGUGGGUUCUCCGUCUAACACGAAAUUUCAGAUUCCAAAGAAAAUGAUUAUAUUUGGUCUUCAGAUACUCGCCAAACCUGAUUUUCGACGAUGCGGCUAUUAAAGUGUUCACAAUACAGCACAACAAUGCGUUGGUUCGAUUUCAAUCGGAUGCUUCAGUUACUUACAAGGGCUUCAACACCACCGUUGAAGCGAUUAAAAUUCCAAAAGGUGAGCCCAUGUUUUCAACCGUUUAACUAGGAUUGAUAGUGAAAAAAGACUCCAUUAGAUUACUCUGCAGUCCAAGCGAGUAAACCAGUCAAAUUUUAGAGUGCCAGUGCCCAAGUCUGGCAAAUAAUCGGAUCAGCUUCAAGAUCAGGCCCCGUUGCCAAUAUUUGGACUGUUUUUGGGGAUUGGUCCCUCCACAAGAUGAGGUAGGUCUCUUUAAUUCAAGACUUUUUUCAAUAACAUAAUAAAACUCGGCACCACUUUUCAUUUCAGGAGUCACGCUACCGAGUUGUCUUUGAUACAAAAUUCAAGCUCGAAGAUGAGAACGAAUUCGUUGAAUUUUACACGGAUUUUUUGAGUCAUGACAGUGCCCACAUUAUGAAGUAGGGAUGGUUGUCCUACACAAUUCAUAUAGUAUCGUCUUUUAGGCACUUUAAACUUCUGCCAGAAAUGUCGAUAGACGAACAUCCAUCGGACAAACGGAUUGUCUUACCAGCUCUGGAUGAGCCAGUAAAAAUUUGGUAUCAUCGUGAAGCCGUAGCGGUUGAAGGAGUCGACCAUUUACUCGACAUUAAGAUCGAAUGGAAAAAACGUAAGGAAAAAAUAAUUGAUUCUUAUCCAACUUGAAGACUACAGUGGACGACCUGAUCCAGUGGCAAAAAACGUACCAUUUUGCAUCCAGGAAGCAUCAAAAAAUGUGGCAAAAUACCUCCUUCUCCAAGUGAAGAAACUCAGAUUUCAAAAGCGCAUCCGCGCUUUUUGUGAGGAAAAAGGGCGCGCCAUUCAAAACAAAGUUUUUUCACUUGAAGAAGGAAGCAUUUUGCCACAUUUUUGAUACUUGCCGGAUGCAAAAUGGUACGUUUUUUGCCAUUGGAUCAGUCCCCCACUGUAAAAGAUGAGGUUAUUAUUUUAGGUUGUGUUUGCCCUGCGGCACAUCUUAAAGCCACCGAUGAUUGGCAAGAGCUGACUUCUCCCGAUUAUCCUGACCCAUAUUGUGAUUCAAUGAACUGCACUCAUGUCAUUACUGCGCCGGAGGGGAAACUAGUGGAAGUUAACGUAACUUUAUUGGAUUUGGAGUAUUCCUCGGAUACUCUGUCACUGUUUGAUGGGGAUUCCAUGAACUCGUCGAAAAUUGAUCAGUAAGUUCAAUGCUUGGCCGGUCAUUUGCAAGAUAAGUUAACCGUCCGGCUUUCCGAAACCUGGAAAAAAUUAUGGCUACAAUAUGAAAAAAAAACAUAAGUUAUGGCCAAAAACAUUUUUCGUCUCGCCGGCCCUCCUCGUUUUUCGUACUCUGCCGCUAACAAUUCCGCUAAAUGGUUUUGCCGCAAGUGAAACCCGAGCCUAAACUUAUGGACUAAAUGCGAAAUGAGUAAUUAUGUUUAUUAUACCUGGGUAUUUCCUAGAAAACAAAUUUUUCAGGCUCACCGGCCUGGAAUAUUUCAACACUCCAUUCCGGAGUUCUUCCGCCUCCAUGACUUUGUAUUUCAAAUCUGAUAGGAGUCUCGCAUCCAAUGGCUAUGUCCUCCAGUACCGAUUCAUACAGCCAGUGCCGGAUGAAUCAUCUUCCGGAGGAUUUACCGCUUUCCAUGCCUUCGUCGGAGUCCUCGUUGUCGGUAUAAUUGGAUCGUUGUUGGUGGUCGUAAAGCGAUAUCGAGUUCAUGAGACGUUCUUUGAAACCGUUGGGAUAGAUCAAAGGUAAAAUUAAACUAUAAUUUGUUGUAUACAUGAUACUUUUUGAAAAAAUAAGCAAAAUUAUUUCAGGCUCCUCUCAAUGAACUCUCUGAUCCAAUCACUCUCCGACAUCACGGGUCAGAACGAGAAUAGAGAUCCCUUUGCCAAUAAUAACGCGUAA